AGAAGAAGAAGAAGGAGAAGGAGAAGGAAGAGGAAGAGAGCGAGGAAGAGGAACCUCAGAAGGAAAGCCGUUACCCGGACCCCCCCCACAGCCACCCCGCCCCUCCGCUGCGCGAUCAUGGACCUCCGGUCGUGAACUUGGGAGAACGGGUCCUCGUGCCGGUCGCAGCGCGUGGGUCAUGGUGGCCGAGCCGCCGCCGCGCGCCGCCCUGCUCUGAUCCUGCGUGGCUCGAGGGAGCGGCUCCGCGCGCCGAGACAUGAGUGACAGGAGGCGAUCUGCCGCCGCUCUGAGCUCCAGAGCCCACGCGUUCUCCGUGGAAGCGCUCAUCGGCUCGCACAAGAAGAGGAAGAUCCGCGCCUGGGACGCCAAGGAGCUCGGCGUGUCCGUGGAGAGCCUGGCGGCGGACGGCGAGAGCGCGGCGGCGCACGGCCUCGACGUGGAGCCCGAGUCGGAGGCCAGCCCGGGCUCGGAGGGCGAGGUUCUCCCCGAGCGCUCCUCGUGCUCCUUCGCCUCGGCCCCGGAGCUGCCCCCCCCCGGCGCGUGCGACGCCACGCCGCCCUCGUCGCUCAGCUGCAUGGAGGAGAUCCAGGUGGAGCUGCAGUGCGCCGACCUGUGGAAGCGCUUCCACGAGAUCGGCACCGAGAUGAUCAUCACCAAGGCGGGCAGGAGGAUGUUUCCUGCCAUGAGGGUGAAGAUCGUGGGCCUGGACCCCCACCAGCAGUACUACAUAGCCAUGGACAUCGUGCCCGUGGACAACAAGAGAUACAGGUACGUGUACCACAGCUCCAAGUGGAUGGUGGCCGGAAACGCCGACUCGCCCGUCCCGCCGCGCGUUUACAUCCACCCCGACUCGCUGGCGUCCGGCGACACCUGGAUGCGCCAGGUGGUCAGUUUCGACAAGCUGAAGCUCACCAACAACGAGCUGGACGACCAGGGACACAUCAUCCUGCACUCCAUGCACAAGUACCAGCCGCGCGUCCACGUCAUCCGCAAGGACUUCAGCAGCGAGCUCUCGCCCACCAAGCCCAUCCCCAGCGGAGACGGGGUCAAGACCUUCAGUUUCCCCGAGACGGUCUUCACCACAGUGACCGCCUACCAGAACCAGCAGAUCACUCGGCUGAAGAUCGACCGCAACCCCUUCGCCAAAGGCUUCCGGGACUCGGGGAGGAACAGGACGGGGCUCGAAGCCAUCAUGGAGACGUACGCUUUCUGGAGGCCGCCGGUACGGACGCUGACCUUCGAGGACUUCACCAACAUGCAGAAGCAGCAGGGAAGCAGCACCGGCACGUCCCCCAGCACCUCCAGCACCGGCACUCCCUCCCCGUCAGGCCCCGCCCACCUGCUCUCGCCCUCCUGCUCCCCGCCCACCUUCCACCUGGCGGCCAACACGUUCAACGUGGGCUGUCGCGAGAGCCAGCUGUGCGGCCUGGGCCUGAGCGAGUACCCGGCGUGCGCCCGCGCCAACAUGGCCGCCCUGCAGGGCUACGCCGGAUUGGCCGACAACUCGUACGGGCGCCUGCAGGCGGGGGGCGCCGUCGCUUCCGGCCAGCCGUCCGAGCCGCCCUUCCUGCCCCAGAGGACUCCGUCGCUGCUCGCCGCGGGGAUGCCGACCGGCGCCCACUCUUCGCUGCCGGGCGGCGCCGCCGGCACCGGGGGCACCAAAGUGGACGCGUACGGCGGUCAGCUGGGCUCCUUCCCCUCCUCCCAGCUGCAGUACGUGAUGCAGACGGGGGGCGGCUCCGGCUCCGCCCCCUCCUCCUCGUGCUCUUCCUCGGCCGCGUCCGCCUCCUCCCACAUGUUUGGCGGCGGGGGGCACCACGUGCAGCAGGGGUCCUACAACGCGUUCCCGCUCCCCGGCCAUUACAACCUGUACGGAUACAACUUCCCGGCGUCCCCGCGGCUCGGCCCCGCCCAGGAGAAGCUGUCCCCCGCGGCGUCCGGCGCCUUCGGCGAACGUCAGUACCUGUCCAACAGCGUGGACGGCGUGCACAUGAUCGGCGGUACUGCCGGCGUCCAGCAGGGCGGCGCUCAGUGCGACGGGCGUCCCUACGGACCCUCGUCCCAGAUGUCGGUGCACAUGGUGUAGGACGGGCCGGCGAAUCGCCGACGGCGCCGGUGCCCCGUGGCCUUCCCAGUUCCGCCUUCUGUGCUCAGACGAGAGGACGUUGACAUGAUUUUGAGACCGAGUCGUGUUGUUUGUCCACGAAGGGGCGCUGUGCAAAAAUAUUAUAGGGAUGUGUGAGUGGACUCGACACACUUUAAUACUCCUCUGUGGACAUUUGAAACGUGUUAAACAAAGAAAAUGGACAGUCGUGUUAUUUAAGCGCCUUGUGGGAGUGGCGUCCCCAUGGGUGGACAGCGCUGAGCUUACAUCUCCCCUCUCUGGCGCUGCCUCCGAGGGGGAGGUUUGCUAAGGGCUCAUGGGAGGGAUGGACACGUCCAGCUCACGAGAAGCGCUGGACAUUUUACCCCAAGAGUUGUCCUUAAACAGAUUCCUUAAACAGGGGACGAAGGAGAGCCAGAACGGACAGUCCUCAGGCUGGACAAUGCCCAGAAUGGACGGCACCCGGGCUGGACACCCAGCCAACAGAGCCGAAGGAGACCCUCCUGCUGCGGUUAAACACUCUCAUAUCAGCUCAGAACUCGAGUGUCUUCAUUGGACGUUGCGUUGGGACAGUUACGGUGACGCCACGAGUUCGGACCCCUUCUGCUCUCGGCAGCAGCCGUGUCUGUCAAAGGGCGCAGGAAUUCCGGGCAAGGAGAGGUGGACGGACGGCACGGACGUACUCGGCGAUGGAAAUCCCGAAUGUGGGUGGACGCGGGUGGAAGAGGGAGAGAGACUCCGAGAAGCGGGACGCCGGUGGACGAGGAGGACGGCGGAGGGAGCGGAGGCCCGCGGCCGCUUUCCGGAUUGUUCCGAGCGCGGCCGAAGGCCGCCGGGUCGCGGACGCGCAGAGCGGGGAAGACGAGCGGAAGGACGAACCGCGGCGCCGCUGCGCGCCGGUGCCGAUGAGGCCUGGGGGUGACGGUUACCGUAUGUUUUCGUGUGUUCACCGUGUUUCACUGUGUUUCACUGCGUUUCAUGUGUAUAGCGACGAUGCGACUAUAAGAGUGUGACGGGCCGGCGAGGAGCGUGCACAACUUGGCAGCAGGUCAGGCUGGAGAAGGGGGUGUGUUGUGUUCUGUAGAAAGGCCCGACGGAAGUGUACAUACAGGUGCCAAGCACUAAAAAGCUCAAUAAACAUUUU